AGAAGGGGGGCGUCCUUCCCCUCGGCCAUAGGGGCCCGGAAGACCUCCGGCGAGGCGGGAGGAGGUGGAACCGGAAUCAGAAAUAGGGAGGAUACUCGUCCGAGGCCCCGCCCCUCUGGGCCAUCCGGAAGCUGCCGCGGAGCCGCGCCUCCGGUCUCGAGUCCUCCGCUCUACACAGCCCGGGUUACAGUCGGGGCCCGAGGGGGCGGGAGGGGGAGGAGGAGAACCUCUGUCUAGUCCCGCCCCCACUCCUGUACUUCCUCUCCCCUUGUUGACACUCCACUUAGCUUUCCUGCCUUAGUGUUUGUGUCCUGGCCGUAGCUGGCGCCUAAUUUGUACUUAUCCCGAUUCUAAAAGCAAGUACCCAGAGCGGAGGAGGCUGAGGGGUCUACUGGGACGCGCCCCGCCCCCCUCACUGCAGGCCCUCAGUCUGCUCCCACGACGCGGCUUCUCCCACGUGGAGCACCUCUCGGUCAGGGCCCUGCAGACUUCCCCCGCCCUCAGAGAGUGUACCUUCUACUUGUGGGGCGAAAGAGCGGCCUCCACACCAUUUUCGGGGGCCGGCGGGGCCCCUAGCGGAGCCAAGGGUUGGGGGUGAGGUAGAUGGGAUGCUGGCCUCCUCAGCCAGCCCUGCUGAUCGGCCAUCCGUCCUUGUGCAGGAGAGAUGUUCGCUCGCUGCUCUUGUACGAAGGGGCUGGGGGCUAGCCCAAGUUCCCUCCUGGCUCCCGGGGUUCGCCUUUCCAAAAGGAGACUGCUUCUCGGGAGGGCGUGGGCGCCCCAGAGCCAGCCCCAGGCUUCCCUGGCCUCAGCAGGAGAGGGAAACUUUACCCAGGCGGCAUCGGAGUGCAAUCGGGGAGAAAGCGAGCCGGGGGGAGACCUGGGCUUUUGGCAGGAGAGGUUGGCAGAUCAACUGCUGCCCCUCUGGAGACUGAGCUAUGAUGAACAACUAAAGGUCAAGUUUGAGGUGACAAAGAAGACCUUGGAGCAGUUCCAGAGUCGCCUCCACAAGCUGGGUGCCACGGUGAUGGAGGCCCAAAGGCUGGAUGACCUCCUCCAGCCUUUCAUCCCAUCACCUGUCAUUGAUGGGUACAGAAACAAAUCCAUCUUCUCUGUAAACCAGGGCCCAGACGGCCGCCCAAGGACUGUGGGGUUCUUUCUGAGAUCCCCCGGAGGGAAGAGGAUGUUCUGUGUACCGGCCGACCAUCUGAGAGCUCUUCCCGCCAAGCACCUCCAGGUGGCCCAGUGCUACGAGGCAUUUCUGCGACAGGCUCCCCCCGAGCCCAGCCUGGACGCUCACCAGCUUGGGCCCUGGCGCCGGCUCAGAGUGCGGACCAGCCGCCAAGGCCACACAAUGGCCAUCCUCACUUUCCACGCCGAGGGACUGAGUCAGGAGGCCAUCUGUGUGCAGAAGGAAAGAGCGAAGGAGUUCUUCAUGUCGGGACAGGGUUCUGUGUGCGAGCUGACGUCCCUUUACCUGAAAGAGAGGAUCAUGCCCAGCUGCUACCAGCUCCUGGCAGGGGAAGCCCACAUGUUCGAGGAUGUCCUUGACUUGAAACUUCGAAUCUCUCCAGGGGCCUUUUUCCCCCUGAACACGAGUGCCACCGAGGCCCUCCUCCGGGUUGUGGCAGAGUUGGGCGGGGUAGACCGGCGCACCCUUGUCCUUGACUUUAGCCAUGGCACAGGGGCCACGGGCCUCUCCCUGGCUCAGUGGGCAGCCCAGGUGCUCAGCGUGCGGCUGGCAGGGCAGGCCGUGGAGGAUGCCCAGUGGAGCGCAGCUUUCAAUGAGAUCACCAACUGGCGAUGCCGGCGACAGGGGGUGGAGAAGGCCAUGGCCCGCCUCAGGAAGGGUCAAGAGGACGGCAAGGCGCUGGUGGUGCUGGUGGCCCCGGCAGACAGUGGCCCGUGCUCUGCUGCCCCGCGCCCUCCAGCCAGGACCUCCGAGGAGAGCCUUUCAGGCUGAGCCAGGCUGUGCCUGUGGACGCGGCCCCGCACACCCUGGCCUCCCAGCUGGUCCUGGCCUUCACCCGCUGACCCCCACGGAGCUCCCCGGGCCCUCCAGGGCCCUCAAUAAAUAGUUGCGGACCCA